AUUUGACAUUCUGAUCAUCAUGUGAUCCAUUACCAACACCCAUGUGACCAACUUUUAAUCUCUUACCCACUCCAACUACUUAAAAAAAACCCAUCUUCAAUCACUCUUGCACAUCUCAUUCCACAACAAGAAGAAAAAAAAAAUGGUGAGAGACCUAGGGUUUUUGUUAGCUUUCUUGAGUCUCUCCAUAGGCUCAACAGCUGCAGAUUGGAACAUUCUGAAUCAAAAGGGUAAAAAUGGGCUGAAAAUCAGCUUGAAAAAUUAUUGUGAGAGUUGGAGGAUGAAUGUGGAGCUGAACAACAUCAAAGAAUUUGAAGUUGUGCCUGCAGAAUGUGUUGGAUACAUUGGAAAGUACAUGACAUCCACCCAGUACAAGGUGGACUCCGAGCGGGCGAUCGGUGAAUGCACUGUUCAUCUCAGCACCAGCUGCAGCCUGAAGAAAGAUGGCAGAGAUGCAUGGAUUUUUGAUGUUGAUGACACACUCCUAUCCACUGUGCCUUACUACAAAAAACAUAAUUUUGGCGGAGAGAAGUUGAACUUGACUUGUUUGGAGGAGUGGAUGAGUAAGGCCAAAGCAACAGCUCUUGAUCACACACUCAAGCUUUUCAAUGAGCUUAAAGGGAGAGGAGUUCAGAUCAUUUUGGUUUCUUCAAGGAGGGAACAUCUUAGAUCUGCCACUAUUGACAACCUUGUCAAUGUUGGUUACUAUGGGUGGACUAGUCUCAUUUUAAGGGGUCCAAAUGAUGAAAAUAAUGAAGUCCAAAAGUACAAAUCUGAGAUAAGGAAACAACUGAUUAGCGAGGGUUAUCACAUUUGGGGCAUUGUUGGUGACCAGUGGAGCAGCAUUGAAGGACUUCCAACUGCUGAAAGGACUUUCAAGCUACCAAAUCCUUUGUACUAUGUUUCUUGAAACAUCACAAACUUCUACUCAGAUUGUCCUACAAUGAACAUCAUAUUUUGGCUCCAAAUUAAUAAGAUCAUGUUGUAUCUACUAUUAUUGAGUUGGUUAAUUUGAUUAAAAUAAAUCACCA